GCUGCCAGGCGGGCAGACGGGUAGCAGGGACCAGCUUUGGCCCCCCCUCCCAGCUUGGCGGUGGCAUAAAGAUGGGGAUGGGAGUGUGUAGUGAGGGAAGCACCUGCCGGUACCCCCACCUACCACCUAGCUGGGUACCCCAAGGCUGUGUGCUGCCCACCUGGUAUUCCCCAACACCCCCAGCCCUGCCCAGUGCACCCCUCCGGUGCCUGAUUCCCCUGGUGUCUGCGAUUUAGACCAGCCCAGUUGUAUCCACGGCAACAGAAGCAGGAGUGUACUGGCCUAGGAUCACUGAGGGUCCCACAAUGUGGCUUGAGCUGUGAUUAUCCUGGAUGAAACAGCUUGAGCCCCCUCCCUGGAUUCCAAGACAGCCCUGCUGAGAAAGCUCAGAGAGGCUUGAGUCCCCAUGAGCAAGCAGAGGCCUGGCUGGCAGCCUGCAGCAUUCCUGGCCGUGAUGAUGUAUGCGUCGCCUGUUGAGGGGACACUUGGCAAGAGUUUGGUCUGUGGUGUAGCCCAGCAGGACCCCUGAUGGAGUCCCACGGGGCCCAUCAAGUACCGGACUGGCUGACCCGGUAGGGUUGGAAGCAGCCCCUGCCUCUCAGUAUGGCCAACACCACUGAAGAGCCCGAGGAGGUGAGCGGUGCAUUGUCCCCGCCGUCAGCAUCUGCUUAUGUGAAGCUGGUGCUGCUGGGACUGAUCAUGUGCGUGAGCCUGGCAGGCAACGCCAUCUUGUCCCUGCUGGUGCUCAAGGAGCGUGCCCUGCACAAGGCUCCUUACUACUUUUUGCUGGACCUGUGCCUGGCCGACGGCAUACGCUCUGCUGUCUGCUUCCCCUUUGUGCUGGCUUCUGUGCGCCACGGCUCCUCAUGGACCUUCAGUGCGCUCAGCUGCAAGAUUGUGGCCUUUAUGGCCGUGCUCUUUUGCUUCCAUGCGGCCUUCAUGCUGUUCUGCAUCAGCGUCACCCGCUACAUGGCCAUUGCCCACCACCGCUUCUAUGCCAAGCGCAUGACACUCUGGACAUGUGCAGCUGUCAUCUGCAUGGCCUGGACCCUGUCUGUGGCCAUGGCCUUUCCACCCGUCUUCGAUGUGGGCACCUACAAGUUUAUCCGUGAGGAGGACCAAUGCAUCUUUGAGCAUCGCUACUUCAAGGCCAAUGACACGCUGGGCUUCAUGCUUAUGUUGGCUGUGCUGAUGGCGGCCACACAUGCUGUCUAUGGCAAGCUGCUCCUCUUUGAGUACCGUCACCGCAAGAUGAAGCCAGUGCAGAUGGUGCCAGCCAUCAGUCAGAACUGGACAUUCCAUGGCCCUGGGGCUACCGGUCAGGCUGCUGCCAACUGGAUCGCCGGCUUUGGCCGUGGGCCCAUGCCACCAACCCUGCUGGGUAUCCGGCAGAAUGGGCACGCAGCCAGCCGCCGCCUGCUGGGCAUGGACGAGGUCAAGGGUGAAAAGCAGCUGGGCCGCAUGUUCUACGCGAUCACACUGCUCUUCCUGCUCCUCUGGUCACCCUACAUUGUGGCCUGCUACUGGCGAGUGUUUGUGAAAGCCUGUGCCGUGCCCCACCGUUAUUUGGCCACCGCUGUUUGGAUGAGCUUCGCCCAGGCUGCCGUCAACCCGAUCGUCUGCUUCCUGCUCAACAAGGACCUCAAGAAGUGCCUGAGGACUCAUGCCCCCUGCUGGGGCACAGGAGGUGCCCCAGCUCCCAGAGAACCCUACUGUGUCAUGUGAAGCAGGCUUGUAGGCAGACAGGCAGGGAGAAGGUCGUGGCCACCAUGAUGGGGCCAACAGAAAGGGAGGGAUGGGGCCCCAUACAGGAGCCUUUCUUUCUGUGCUCCAGCCCCAGCCCCUCUUAUCACCCAGAAUCUAGGCAUCUUUGCCAAUACCUCCCCAGAGCUGGGGACUGGGUGGGAAGCUGGGAAAGAGGCAUUUCUAGUUCUGUGGGGCCUGUCUCCACUGCCUCCUUCUCCAUUUCUAUAAUCUCUCUCUCUCUCUCCCUCCCUCCCUCCCUC